AACGGAACAAGUGUGACCAUUGUUAGUAUUGCAAGGAGGCGCCACAAGGAUACACCAUGUGGUACGCUUGGGCUCUGCUGUUGUCAUGCCUCUCACAAGUAACGAGUAUAACUUUGUGGAAGCAAAAUAGUUUCACCGAGUCUCGUUUCUUGGAUGACUGGAAUGUGGACAGUAGCCGUGACUUUGGGGAUGAGUCGAUGUCCGUCGUUGACGAUCCUGGUAAUACGUCAUCUAGGAAGAAAGUCCUGAGAAUCUUCUACAAGGAAGGUUCCUACUCCGGAUCCGGUGAUUACAGGGGAGCCCAGUUUUACUCCAGACCCAUCUCCCCUCGAAGCUGUCUCACCUUGGACUACAAGAUCUACUUCGCGAACAAUUUUGAUUUCGUAAAAGGGGGAAAGCUGCCUGGUCUCUGGGGAGGGAACCUAGAUUGUUCCGGAGGAAGAAACGCCGACAAUUGUUUCUCCACCCGAUACAUGUGGCGAUCAGGCGGUGAUGGUGUCGUGUACGCCUACAUUCCAGACAGUCAGAAGACCGGUUUCUGUGACAGAAACCACGUCCACUGUAAUUAUGACUACGGCCAUGACCUAGGAAGAACGUGGGCGUUUAAGACUGGGGAAUGGCAGAAAAUCAGGCAAACAGUCAAACUCAAUUCUCCUGGCCAACAAGAUGGGGUUUUGACGGUCAAAUUUAACAGAAAGAAGGUGUUGCAGAUGAAGGAAUUGGUCUUUCGGGAGUCUGACAACAUCGAAAUUGAAGGGAUCUUCUUCUCCACUUUCUUCGGAGGAGGAAGUCCAAGCUGGGCGACGCCUGUAGAUACCUACACUUACUAUAAGGACUUCAAGCUGUCUGACCGAGGCUGCUAAGGUAUUGGCGCUUUGAAAUAAAAUAGAUCUUCGGUUAAAACAA